ACAUCUGCAGGCAUCCGACCACGAAUAUUGCAAAUGCAGUACCUCCCGCGUGGCGUUUCUCGCGCUUAGAAUGUCGUACGUGUGGAGAGACUUUGUCCCCUGGAAAUACGACCGAUCUUGAGCCAGGCAAACAUAUGUGCAAAGUCGAGGAUUAAAACUGCCACCAUCCAGACCCUUGGUGAUGAUUUCAGUCCUCCAUCGGGAGACGAACGAUUCAAAGUCGAAAAAAUGCCGGUCAAGCCAUGGGGUCACAACAUGGCAGCAAACGCAUCAGUUUCUCUGAUGGAUUCAGCGAAAGGACUCCCUCUUCUCAGACACCACCUGACAAUUUGUACGACGCUCAAUUAUGAGAUUGACAAAGCCAACAUCGAAUCAUGCGCCUGCUAUUGAUACCACUCCUCGGGAUCAAAAACUAUCAUGUUCACCUGAUCAUAAUACCAUCGUCAUACUGCUUUCUUGCUAUUGGAGUCUCGAGUUUGUCCAGAUCAUCAUCCGGCGUACGACAAAUUUGCAUGACCGGUCAACUGUUAAGAUAUGUACCGAAUACUUCGACUCAAAACUGCUGCCUGCUCCUUCGGAUAUUUGGUUGCUUACCAUUAUUGGUACUCAGUCCCGGUAUAUGACGGAGUGAGUGGUGAGACACUGUUCCUGGUUCCAGAUGGAACCAAAUGCUGCUAGUAUGGCACACUGAGCGGCCUCCAGGCAACACAGGGUUUCACGUGUAGGCAAAUGUUUGAGCCAAUGUAGCCCAAGAACACCAAGAUGCUUACAGCAAUGUGGUCCUCUUACGAAAUAAUUGCAUGAGAGCCAACUGCUGAUCCGGCUGUUGUUUGAUCUUGCUUGAGUGUUGGCGUCUAGAAAAGCGGGGGCGGGUGGCAUGUCAUGUUCCCCGGCCAGUCAAAGCCGCCGCGGAAGCUGGAGUGCUUCCAGACCCCGUACAUCAUGAUUCGAUUACUAUUCGUCUACACUAUAUCCAAUUAACAAAAGAAUCAUCAUGCAUAGAUCACAGCGUCAUCACAAAACAAGGAGGGGUGGCUAGCGAAGCAGCAGGGCCACGCCGAGAAGGCUUAUCUUGAGGAAACGACUGUAGCUCAGAAUAUGCAUCCAGUUUCAG